UGAAGCAAUGGGGAUUACUUAGGAUGUUUAGGUUUUGUUUUAUAUCCCAUUCAUCUAAUUUGUGGAGUAAUUAUAAUGCAGCAUCUAACUAAGAAAGAUAUUGAACUAGGGAUGACAUAACUCUACCUUCUUUAUUUGCAAUAAACUAAUAUGAAUUACAUGUACUUUAUGAAGCACUAAUCAUGUGCAUGUUUGAGAUGAGUUAAGAAAAGCAGAUGUUGACUUAUAUUUCAGGGCCAUAAGAAAUGGGGACCUGGAUUUUGUUUGCCUGCUUCCUGGGAGCAGCCUUUGCUAUGCCUCUACCACCUCAUCCUGGGCACCCUAGUUAUAUCAACUUCAGCUAUGAGGUGCUUACCCCUCUGAAGUGGUAUCAGAACAUAAGGCAUCUGUACCCUUCCUAUGGUUAUGAACCCAUGGGUGGAUGGCUGCACCACCAAAUCAUUCCCGUGCUGUCCCAGCAGAAUUCCCCAAAUCAAGCCCUUCAGCCUCAUCACCACAUUCCCAUGGUGCCAGCUCAGCAGCCUGUGGUUCCCCAGCAACCAGUGAUGCCAGUUCCUGGCCAACACUCCAUGACUCCAACCCAACACCACCAGGCAACCCUCCCUCUGCCUGCCCAGCAGCCCUUCCAGCCCCAGCCCAUCCAGCCACAGCCUCACCAGCCCAUCCAGCCCCAGUCACCCAUGCACCCCAUCCAGCCCUUGCUGCCACAGCCACCUCUGCCUCCGAUGUUCCCCAUACAGCCCCUGCCCCCCAUGCUUCCUGAUCUACCUCUGGAAGCUUGGCCAGCAACAGACAAGACCAAGCAGGAAGAAGUGGUGAGUAUCCCUUGUAGCCACCACAACAUCCGAGAAAACGGUUUUGUCUACAUGACAUAUUUAUGUUAGGUUCAAAUCUGCAAUUAUUUUGAAUUUCAGCGACAUAUAGAUUACUGAAAUGCAUUCAUUUCUUGGCCAACAGAAUGAGGGUAUCAGUCCUCCUUAUCUUUCAUUUCUUUCAGUAGCAAGAGC